AUGCGCAUCACUCCUGCCCAGUUCGAAGGACUCGACAAGUACAAGUACUCGAGCGUGGACAAGAGCAUCCUCUCUCGCCGGGUGCUCACGCCAUGGUGGAACUGGCUCAUCACACUCUUCCCAUAUACUCUCGCCCCCAACGCGAUCACCUUCUUGGGCCUCUGCUUCGUGUUCGGCAAUGUCCUCACACUGGCAUACUUUGACAUUGAGUAUGAGGGCAAGGACCUGCCGCAGUGGGUAUAUGCGUCUUGGGCGUUCGGCCUCUUUGCGUACCAGAGCAUGGACGCGAUCGACGGCAAGCAGGCGCGGCGUCUCAACAUGGGCAGCGCCCUUGGUGAGAUGUUCGACCACGGCUGUGACGCGAUCAACACAUCGUUAGAAGUAGUGCUCGCAUGCCACGCGCUCGGCCUUAACCGCUCGUGGUGGACCGUCGCGAGUGAGGUAGCCUCGCUCCUCAACUUUUACGCGUCGACUUGGGAGGAGUACCACACCGGUACGCUCUACCUGUCGGCGUUCUCCGGGCCAGUUGAAGGUAUUGUCAUGAUCAUCGUCAUCUACAUUAUCACGGCCGUGCACCCGCUGCACCAGCACUUCUGGCAGCAGCCGCUCGUGUCGCUUCUUCCCGCGCACAUCGGCGACAAGGCCGCGGCUGCGAUCGACGCGGCGCUCAACCUCCCCGACAAGUACUCACUCGCGUCGCUGCCCAUCAACGUCGCGUUCAUGAUCUUUGGCGCCUUCGGCACCGCUGGCAACAUGCUCAACGCGUAUUACAACGUCAUCGCUGCGCGCCACAGGGACAAGAAACCUAUCGUCACCCCGCUCUUGGGUCUCCUCCCGUUUGGCGCGCACACCCUCAUCCUCUGCGCAUGGCUCCACGCCGAGCGUGUCGACGGCGUGUCCAUCGUCCACGACGCCCGUCUCCUUCCCUUCCUCGGGUACUGGGGAAUGGCCGCCGCUUACCAGGUCUCACAGCUCAUCCUCGCGCAUGUUACCAAGUCGCCCUUCCCCUACUGGAACGGGAUGAUGGUGUACUCGCUUGCGUCCGCCAUCGACGCCAACGCCCAGUGGCUUUUCGGAGUCGAGCCGCUCGUGCAGUCGUCGCCAACGGCGUCCAACGUCUUCAUCUGGAUGUCCUUCUUUGUUGCGUUGUUCAACUACGUCCGAUUCGCCCGCGAGAUCAUCUGGCAGAUCUGCGACUACACCGGCAUGGCGUGCUUCACCGUCCGCCGCCGCGACAAGAGCGGGCGUUGGAUUGAGGCCGCUGAGAUGAUCCACCAAAUCGAGGAGCUCCGCAAGACGCAGUAA